UGACAAGAGGCCACAUUUCCAGAUGAAACAACAAACACCUUUGCUUUUUCUUUGUCAGAAUAGGCUGGGCAUGAAAGAUAAUCAAUCAGGAGUACAUUAUAAUAAAGGAUUAAAAGGGUUGAACGUAUGAGCAGCUCUCUCUUCAGACUGGAUGUUGCGGUCCCUCAUAUCGGGGCUCUCCGUUUACAUUAUUCAUACGGAGGAGGGUGUGACUUGUUGGCUCUUUUUCCGCCUGUAUAAAACGAGAACUUUGCGUAAAAGAAAAUACAGAUGGAGAAGGCUAGCCGGCUCGCUGUGUCACAGAGAGUCCCCUUAAGCUUACGUGACAACUCACAUUCUGUCCCUUUGUGACCAGCUUAAUCGGCAGAAUGUCCGGUCUCUGCGUGCUUUGUCUCGCCGCCGCGCUGGCUGCGUUCACCCGGCUCGCCGGCACCGUUGGGCCGGUGGUCCGAUGCGAGCCGUGCGAGGCUGGGGCGCUCCUGCAGUGUAAGCCACUGCCGAAGGACUGCGUGGAGCGAGUGAGGGAGCCCGGCUGCGGCUGCUGCAUGACGUGCGCCCUCGGUGAGGGACUGGCGUGUGGAGUGUACACGGCGCGCUGUGGCUCCGGCUUGACCUGCCAGCACCGGCCGGGGGAAAGCCGACCCCUGCAAGCUCUGUUGGAGGGACGGGGAGUGUGCUCCAGCGCCGCGGCCAAAAAACUCAACAGCCUUCUCAUACCGGUGCAAAAACAAGAUAACGCUGGAAAUCUUAUAGAAGAAGACUGUGCCAACGUGACCGCGACGAUGACAGUGUUGCCUGGACUGGCGACCGUGAAGGGUGGGCACAGUCGGGGGUCGAUGGACACCAGACCUCCGCUGCACAACAAGUUGAUCCAGAAAGAUCAGAACAGGAAGACUCAGGGCUACAAGGUGGAAUCGGUGUCAGGAGGAGCCAAUAUGGACAUGCACAACUUCUCCCUGGAGAACAAGAGGGAGACCGAGUAUGGGCCGUGUCGGCGGGAGAUGGAGAGCAUCCUGAGCGGUCUUAAAAUCAGCAACGUGCUCAACCCAAGAGGCUUCCGCAUACCCAACUGUGACAGAAAGGGCUUCUACAAGAAAAAACAGUGCCGUCCAUCCAAAGGCAGGAGGCGGGGCUACUGCUGGUGUGUGGACAAAUACGGGUGGCCUCUGCCCGGCUACAACGGAAAGGAGCAGGCCGAGAAGAAGUGCUACAACCUGGAGAGCAAAUGAUGGAUGCAAGUGGACGGUGGGGGGAGGGAGACAGAGAGAGAAAGAGCCAAUUUUGUUCGUGCAUGUAGUUUUAUGUAAACAUUUGGAAGGGCUCUGGACCUUUGAUUUCGGGUCCCAUUUCUGUCGGCGAGUUAGGGGAGAAGAAGUAUGGGGGGAGGGGUAGAGCACCGCCUGGGCAACUGGCCAAGACUCCUGUCCAUCACAGCUAUCUGUCCUGUGCUUAGAAAACCUUUAACCUUUCUUAAAAAGAAAACAACAAUUAAGCUGAGAGAAAAGGGGAAGAAAGCGAGAAUCCUACCAUCUGCACUAUUCUUUUAGAGAGAGAGGAAGGACGGACUUUUCCACUCACUUUAAAGAGGACAUGUUUGUGACUGUGACCCCAAAAAAAUGCACCGCCACCGUUUCUAUUGUGUGUGUGUCGGUCUGUGAGUGUGUAACCGCAAGUCUGUGUGUGUGUGUCUUUAUGUGUGAGCACCUGCAUAACGUACGUGUGCACAGCUGCAUGUCUGUGCAAGAUGGCGUGUGAGUGUGCGCUUUCCCAAAAGUGUUUAUUUGUGUAAAUAUUGUAUGUUACUAAGCUCAGAGAUGUCAGACUGCCCAUCCCCAGCCCAUGCUCCAGUAAACAAUGCAGAAUUUAAAAAAUAAAAACGUUCUCUGGCACAGAGUCCAAUUUGAAGUGAAGGAUUAAGGGAUGGCAGGGCUUUGGAUCUUAUUCAGCACCAAGGGCCCUCCUUGCUGCCUCUGGCUUGUCCCUUUCACUGCUAUCGGGAAGGGAAUAGAGGCAAACCAUGCAGUUUCAGUGCCUUAAAAACAAACCUACCCAUGCCUCCCCUCCUCUUCACCCUCUGUAGUCCUUGUUUGAAGGAAUACUUCACUAAAAAUCUACCUUUUAGCUUGAAAUUUGACUCUAACAUGUUUAGCAUCUGUGUGGAGGACUGAGGCUGUAGUUAGUUUGGAUUCACAUCAGCUACAAUACAUUGGAAGGGUGAUCCUGCAAAAACAGCAUGCCAGCGUCCAGAGAAACGUCUGAUUCGGGCUAGUACACUACUCCUGGCAGACAGUCUGAGCUAUAAGGCUGCGAGAGUGUGAAGUGGAAGUUGUGUGUUUAGCUUUGUUCUGGAGAAACUCUGUUGGAACAUACUGAAGAAAGAGAUGAACAGCGGAGAAGUGGAUUAAGAUGUAAAAUGUGCCAAACUAUUAGCCUGAUUCCAGACCUCUAUUUUUCAUUGAUGGUUGGGAAUACACCUCUAAUCGAUCUGAAAAAAA